AAUAAAAAAGCGUGUAUCAGUGUAAGCGUGAAAUAAUCAAUAAUGGCAACGCUACCGCCGCGCAAGAAUCAAACGCCCACUCGCAUCUGUGGCAACAUGAAACCGCACUUGACGCCGCUCCAAACGCUGCUCCAAAUGGGCUUCCAGAAGCACAGAGCCGAAAAAGCUUUGGCUUCAACUGGAAAUCGAGGGGUGCAAAUUGCAUCCGAUUGGCUGUUGGCCCAUGUCAACGAUGCGACACUGGACGAGUGUGCGCCACGGGAGUACAUCAUAUACGCGUGUCCAACUGGACCGUUUCUGCAGCAGCUCGAGGAGUUUUGGUCGAAAUCGCGACAGAUGUGCGGCUGGAAUGGAGCCCAUAAUUAUGUGCCACACAUAACGCUCGUAUCGUUCUUUAAGGCACCCGAUGAAUGCUCACUGCAACUGUCCAAGGCACUGAAACAAGUCGUGGACAUGACGGGCGCUCUCCUGGAUCGACCCAUCAAAUUGGAGCCGUAUAUGAGCCAAAACUUUAUGGGCUUCUUUGUGGCCGAGGAUGAUGCGAAUUAUUUAAAGCGUCUGGCUUUGCAAUAUGUCAAGGAGGUGUCCAAUUCAAUCAUUGGCGACACUUACGAGCAGCUGGACGCUAUUGUCGCGUGCUUUCCCUGGUGCGGAGCUGUUUCCUCGGGCACCCGCUGCAUUCCCCGCAGCAGUCGAUCAAUCUCACUCGAGCCGCACGUUAAGAGCUUGCACCUGACUCUGGCCUAUCAAUUCCCGCAGUCACAAUUCAAUGCACUGAAAUCGCUUGUGGAAUCGCUUGACGCCAGUUGUGCAUCCAAUUGGGAGCUGCGUUUAUAUUCCCGCGAUCCUCGACUCGCCACCAAACAAGUGCAAAAAGUGGUUUAUCCGCAUAAUCCUCACGAGACGGAUGAGUUGGAGCUGCGCAUUGGCGACUACAUCUAUCUGAACAGCGAGGGCGUCGACAGUUCCAGUGACGGUUGGGCCGAGGGCAUCUCCUGGCUCACCGGCAGCACCGGACACUUGCCCGUGAAUUAUACGGAACGCACUGCCGAAUCGGAUGCCUGGACACUGCAUCGGGUUGUACAGCUCUCGAAGAGCGUCGCCUCCUCCCUCAACUCGGCCGAGGAUCUGGACAUAGUGGACGGACGCAGCAUAUCCACAGACCAAGAACCGGAUACUCAACCCGAACCGGAACCAGAGCACCGUCUACGUCAAAGCAUACAUCCGGAGAUUAUAGAGGGAUCCUCAUCGUUUGAGGAGUCGGAGCAGAGUGUGGAGAAGUAUCUGCGACAGACACUGCAGCCCUGUUUGGAGCUGCCCUCGCUGCAGUUGCUUCAGAAUCACAACCUGACACAAUCUACACAAAAUCCACACACGCCAACAAUUGAGAUAACUGCCAAUAUGUCAUCGUGUUCAACCUCGAACUCGGUGUCCAAGAACGUGGAUGAGAUAAUGGUGGAACCAGCUCAGAUUCAGCCACCCCGGCCGGAUGAUACGCUCAGUGUACACUCGAAUCCGGAGCCAUCGUUGCAUCCGAACUCGUUGGAUGCGAUGCACGCCAAGAACCGCAAGAUCUACAUAAUGCGACAUGGCGAACGUGUGGACUUCACCUUUGGCACCUGGAUUCCCUACUGCUUCGAUGAGUUUGGUCACUAUAUGAGAAAGGAUCUCAACAUGCCAAAGGCGCUGCCACAGCGCAAGAACAGUCCCGAGGGUUGGCAGAACGAUUCGCCGCUGACCAAUGUGGGUCUCUACCAGGCACGUCUCACCGGAGAAGCGCUACGCGAGGCGCAGGUGCAAAUCGAUCAUGUCUACUGCUCGCCCUCGUACCGCUGUGUCCAGACCUGCACCAGUGCUUUGGAGGGUCUCCAGAUCAGCGGACAGCACAAGAUCAAGCUGGAGCCGGGUCUGUUCGAGUGGAUGGCCUGGUAUCCCGCUGGUGUGCCCGACUGGCUCAGCAGCAGCGAGUUGAUCGAGGCCAAAUACGACAUCGAUCUCAACUACACGCCCAUUCAGCAGGCCUCGGAUCUAACCGGACAGCUGAAGGAAUCCUCGGAGCAGUUCUACACGCGCAAUCAUCAAGUGCUGCUGCAGCUGCUCGAGCGAACCACUGGCAACAUACUUCUCGUUGCCCACGCCACCACUCUGGACACCUGUUCCAGGCAGCUGACGGGGGGCGUGGCACGCAGCAGCAACGAGCUGCGUCAGGUUAUACACAAGAUACCCUACUGUAGUCUGGCCACCGUCGAGCAGAUGGAUGGCGUCUGGAAGCUGGUCGAGCCGGAGUCUCUGCCCGUCACACAUUCGAAAAAUCCGCGCUUCGAGUGGAAUGCGUUGUCGACCACCUAGUGUCCGUGCUUGGAGCAGUUUCUCUGCACACACUGAGACGGGAGACGGGAAACUGAAUCAAAGGAUCAUUCGACACUUGACCAAACAGAGAAUCACACGUAUAAAUACGCAAAAAGAAACCCACAUACGUAAAUUGUUAAGUUUAUGCUAAAGAUUGCUUAGCUUUUUUAUGUUAUUUAUAGUUAUUAAUCAUAUCGAA